GGUUUCACCCCAAUGUGCAAGGAGGUGGAACCCCGGGCGGUUAUGUCCAUGCUCAACGACCUGUACAGCCGGUACGACAAGAUGCUGGACAAAUUUGGGGUGUUCAAGGUGGAGACCAUCGGCGACUGCUAUUUCGUGGCGGGGGGCCUUAUUGCGGAGGACGAGGACGGCAUGGCUGCCGUACGGGGGGAGGGCUGCAGGGAGGAUCCCCUUCAGGCUUACAAGGUGUUCGCGUUUGCAAAAGUCCCGCUGCCCACUACCGGGGAGGCCGUACAGAUCCGGAUCGGGAUCCACACGGGGCCCGUGGUCAGCGGCAUCGCGGGAACCCGCAUGCCGAGGUUUUGUCUGUUCGGCGACACGGUCAACACGGCCAGUCGCAUGGAAAGUACGGGCAUCCCGGGAGCCAUCCACGCCUCGGAAGCUGCACGGCGGCUGCUUCCGGACGAUGGCUGGGUGGCGACGGACGCCGUUGAGGUGAAGGGAAAGGGCGUCAUGCAGGUAUGUCCAGGCCAGUCGGGGUUUGUGUGUGUGUGUGGGGGGGGAGGGGGUAGGGGGGGCCAUUUCUUGAUUCGCCGGUCUUUGGGGAACGCUAGUGCAUAUGUACGUAUGUAUGUAUGUAUGUAUGUAUGUAUGUAUGUAUGUGUGUGUGUGUACAGGGGCGAGGGUGUGUAG